AUGGUCUGAUGGACGUAGCCGUUUAUUUAAAAAGAAUAACUAAGCGAAAAUUUCAGGUCGUCUCGUAUUACAUGCCAAAGAGUUUCUAAAUCCGCCAGAGCAUUGACUUGAGAUGCAAGAAACAAAUUAUUUCGUUUAAUCAUCAUUUUCCUGGCUCCCCCGUUUUGUUUCCCUUUGAGAUUGUCCGUUAAAAAGGGGACGAACCAAUGCAGAGAGUGAGCUUUGAAGUAAAGGACACAGAGGCGGAGAAGAGCAGCAGCGAGAUACUGAGCGGAUCUUUGCCGUCGACCUACCGAAAUCCGGCGAUGGAAAACGUUGGAAACGCGGUGGAUGAUGGAUCGAGCGUGAAGAACAAUCCGAAACUUGAUAUGCAGAAACAGAACGGUUUGGUGAAGUGGUUCAAGAAGUGCUUGACAAUGGUAUCUGGAGAGAGUAAGGCACCUCGAUUGGACCGGUCGAAGUCAACGGCCGGUCAGGCCUUGAAAGGGCUCAAGAUCAUCAGUAAGACCGACGGUAACGCUGCCUGGACCGUCGUGGAGAAGCGGUACUUGAAGAUCACGGCCAAUACUGAUGGAUUGCUGCUUCGGUCGAAAUUCGGUGAAUGCAUAGGGAUGAACUCAAAAGAAUUUGCCUUGGAAUUGUUUGACGCCUUAGCUAGAAAAAGUCACUUGAAAGGGGAUGUGAUUACUGAGACCGAGUUGAAGAAAUUUUGGGAACAAAUAAAUGAUAAAAGCUUUGAUUCAAGGCUUAUCACGUUCUUUGACUUGAUGGAUAAAGACUCGGAUGGUAGACUUACGGAAGACGAAGUUAGAGAGAUCAUCAAGCUUAGUUCUUCUGCCAAUCAUCUGUCAUGCAUCCAAAACAAGGCAGAUGAAUAUGCAGCAAUGAUAAUGGAAGAGCUUGACCCUGAUCAUAUGGGAUACAUCAUGAUGGAGAGUCUAAAGAAAUUGCUUCUGCAAGCGGAAACAAAAUCUGUAAGCACAGAUAUUAAUAGUGAAGAAAGAAAGGAGCUGAGCGACAUGCUAACUGAGAGUCUCAAGCCUACACGUGACCCUAACCAUUUGAGGAGAUGGUAUUGUCAACUAAGAUUCUUUGUAUUGGAUAGUUGGCAAAGAGUUUGGGUGAUAGCGUUAUGGCUCACGAUUAUGGCCAUCCUCUUCGCGUACAAGUAUAUUCAAUACAAGAAUAGAGCAGUGUAUGAAGUGUUGGGGCCUUGUGUGUGCUUGGCUAAAGGUGCAGCAGAGACGCUGAAGCUAAACAUGGCCCUAAUUCUGUUACCUGUUUGCAGAAAUACCAUCACAUGGCUUAGAAAUAAGACUAGGUUGGGUGUUUUUGUUCCUUUUGAUGACAACCUCAAUUUUCACAAGGUUAUAGCGGUGGGAAUUGCGAUAGGAGUAGCCAUACACUCUGUGUCCCACUUGGCGUGUGAUUUUCCACUGCUAAUCGCGGCAACUCCAGCGGAAUACAUGCCUCUCGGAAAAUUCUUCGGAGAGGAGCAACCAAAGAGAUACUUGCAUUUUGUGAAGUCAACAGAAGGAAUAACAGGGCUUGUAAUGGUUUUCUUGAUGGUUAUUGCUUUUACACUGGCUAUGCCUUGGUUUAGACGGGGGAAGCUAGAGAAAAAGCUACCAGGGCCACUAAAGAAACUUGCGAGCUUCAAUGCCUUCUGGUACACUCACCAUUUGUUCGUUAUAGUCUACAUUCUCCUUGUCCUUCACGGAUACUACAUAUAUCUCAACAAGGAAUGGUACAAGAAAACGACGUGGAUGUACUUGGCAGUACCAGUAGCUCUUUAUGCAUACGAGAGAUUGAUACGAGCAUUCAGGUCCAGCAUCAGGACAGUAAAAGUCCUUAAGAUGGCAGCUUAUCCUGGAAAAGUAUUGACUUUGCAGAUGUCAAAGCCUACAAACUUCAAAUACAUGAGCGGCCAAUACAUGUUUGUAAAUUGUCCAGCAGUUUCACCGUUUGAGUGGCAUCCAUUUUCAAUAACUUCUACACCACAAGACGACUAUCUGAGCGUUCAUAUAAAAGCAUUGGGAGAUUGGACAGAGGCUAUCCAAGGAGUUUUCUCAGAGGUGUCUAAGCCACCUCCGGUCGGAGACAUGUUGAAUGGUGCAAAUAGUCCCCGUUUCCCCAAAAUUAUGAUUGAUGGUCCGUACGGCGCACCAGCUCAAGACUACAAGAAGUACGAGGUGGUCCUGCUGAUAGGUCUUGGCAUUGGAGCCACCCCGAUGAUCAGCAUUAUCAAGGACAUUAUUAACAAUACGGAGACCAAGGAACAACUCAGCCAAAUGGAGAAGGGAUCGCCACAAGAGCAACAAGGUAAUAAAGAAACUUUCAAGACUCGAAGGGCUUACUUCUACUGGGUAACAAAGGAGCAGGGCACAUUUGAUUGGUUCAAGAACAUCAUGAACGAGAUCGCAGAACGGGACAAAAGUAAAGUCAUAGAACUACACAAUCAUUGCACUAGUGUCUACGAAGAAGGAGACGUUCGUUCCGCGCUCAUACGGAUGCUUCAGUCUCUUAAUUAUGCCAAGAAUGGUUUAGACAUUGUUGCUGGGACAAGGGUCAUGUCCCAUUUCGCCCGACCUAAUUGGAAAAACGUCUACAAACAGAUAGCCAUGGAUCACCCUGGCGCUAAUGUUGGAGUGUUCUAUUGUGGAGCACCGGUAUUGACGAAGGAGUUAAGGCAAUUAGCUUUGGAAUUCACACACAAGACCAGUACUAGAUUCUCUUUCCACAAAGAGAACUUCUAAAGACAUUGAAGCUUAUAGCUUUAUACCCACAAAAAUGCUGAUAGACUUCUGAUGGUCAACAAAUUAAUGAAAUUUGUGGGAGUAAGUAUGUUACAUUUGUGUUUUGAAAAUUAAAUUUUGGUGUUAUUUUUGUUUCUUGAAUAAAACGUCGGUUGUGAUGACUAUGUGAAAUGUGUAGUUUAAGCGCUUUUUUGUUUGAAUUGCAUUUAUCCAAUAUUCAAAACCAUGUUUAAUAUCCUUUAUAUUUUCUUGCUCAACAAGAC